CUUGUGAUGAUUGGUUCUCAGUCUCUUCUCGAAUAUUUCACAACCAAGAUGUCUGCUUGUUCGCUAGUAAAAUUAUCGGCCUCUACCAUUGUGCAGGAUGGAUGUAUUGUGGAAAGAUAUGACUUGAGCACAUUGCCAAGAGCUGUUCUACAAGAGCUUCUUUUAACUUCCAUUUCUCAAUCCAGGAUUCUCUGUUUAAGAACUUUGAUCGUGAACUGGCCUUUAAGACAACUCAUAUUGCAAAAUGUUCAAGGUUUUGAUGAACCGAAAGCAGUUCUCCUGGCGUACUGUUUGCAGAAAUUUAAACGCGAUUUACAACUUGUCGACAUUAGGGGAUGUAACAUUGGUCUUCAUGGAACCACAGCAUUUUGCAAGCUAGCAGGAGAUAUUCAAGUUUCAGACAAUGAUGUGUUGGGAAUGAAAAUUUUGGACACACGUCCAACAGCAGAAUAUAUAAAAGAAAACUUUCCAACUAAAGCUUUAUGCCAGAGAAUUCCUCCAACAGUGGUUAUGCUAGAUUGUGUUGUUGACAAAGACAACUGUGGCCUUGUAAUCCAGGCUUGCAUCAAGCACUCGGUUAUUGAUUUAAAGAUAUCACAUUUGAAAGUAGAUUCCUUUAGAGGGAAUAAGCUUCGCACCUUGUUGUCUUCUUUGGAGUCUUCAAUCAUCAAAGGCUUAAACCUGGAAAUGAAUGGACUACAGGAAGACGGAAUCAAAGUUAUUUCCCCUAUUGUCUCAACCUUUACAAACUUAACAGAUCUUAAUCUUUCCUACACUGGUAUAACAAGUCAGAACACUUCUGCUAUUCAGGAAAUAGCCAAUAUUUGCCAUAGAGUAACAACGCUAAGAAAGCUUGAUAUGUCUGGUAACUAUAUCCGGUCUGGAGUGUACACUAUUCUCAGUCAUCUACAGUCACCCUUGACUCGUCUGGAUCUUAGAGGAUGUGGGGUACGAGAAUCUGACCUCCGUGAAAUGUGCAAACUGGACACUUUAGAGCAUUUGCAGUCUUUGAAAUUAGAUGGCGGUGCAUUUGUGAACUGUAUCAAACUGUUGUGCCGUUUUGUUCUUAAGUCAGCAGCAACGUUGGAGUAUUUGUCACUUGAGGAUCACAUGUUUAAUUCAUCUUCUGUUUCUCCCCUCCGUCAGAUGAUCACAACACUGCCUUUGCUAAAGAGAUUGUCACUAAGCUACAAUCAUUUUUCACCUGAUGAUAUUAGAACAUUCAAAGACAACUUUCCAGCUCUAGAAUUGGUUUAUAAGGAGUGGCUCUAUUAACUUCGGAAAUUUGAAUGAAGUUUUGGUGUAUGUUAGAUUCAAGGUAAGCAGACAUGCAUAGUAAAGAGUGAAAAACAC